GGAUUUGGUAGUUGCUCCAAAAUUCCCAAUCGUGGGGCACCAUCAACUGAAGAACGAUCUCUGUUUUAUCUCUCCAUGAAACCCUAAUUCAUUCACUUCUCGAUCUCCGAAGCGCAAUCCUUCCACGCUCGUCUUCGCUCUCCAUCUGGACAAAGAUCCAUCGCGACACGACCGUUACUUCGACGACGAUGGAUGGCAACAAGGACGACGCGUUGAAGUGUUUGAGAAUCGGCAAAGAGGCUUUAGAAAGCGGCGAUCGUUCACGCGCCCUCAAGUUCGUGACGAAGGCGCGUCGCCUCGAUCCCACCCUCCUCGUGGACGAUCUACUGUCCGCCAUAGAGGCCGACGCGGGGGAUCCGCCCGCCGACGCCUCCGCCACCGCCGCCGCCGCGGAGCCCAGCAAGCCCCCCGACCAGCCUUCCAUCCGGCGCAGGGCUAGCGCGGCGGCAGGUUCCUCGUUGUCUUCGGCCUCAUACACCGAAGAGCAGAUUUCAAUUGUCAGAGAGAUUAGGAGGAAGAAGAACUUGUAUGAGAUAUUGGGAUUGGAGAGAAGUUGCAGUGUUGAGGAUGUGAGGAAGUCUUACAGGAAACUAUCUCUGAAGGUUCAUCCCGAUAAGAACAAAGCCCCUGGCGCCGAGGAAGCCUUCAAGGCCGUUUCCAAGGCUUUUCAGUGUCUUAGCAAUGAAGAGAGCAGGAGGAAGUAUGACAUUUCUGGAGAGGAUGAAGCGGUUUACGAGCAGCGCGCGAGGCCCGCUGCGAGGGCAUACAAUGGUUACUAUGAGGCUGACAUUGAUGCUGAGGAGAUAUUUAGGAAUUUCUUCUUUGGAGGUAUGGCCCCUGCGACUAAUUUUGGAGGAUUCAGUUUCGGACCAGGUGGUUUCAAUGCUCACAGGCCUGCUGAACAUGGCUCUGGCGGUGGUUUCAAUGUUCGAGCUUUAAUUCAGUUGCUGCCGGUGCUGCUUAUUUUGCUUAUAAACUUUUUGCCUUCAUCGGAGCCCUUGUACUCGCUCUCCAAGAGCUAUCCUUAUGAACAUCGGUUUACCACACCCAAGGGUGUUAACUUUUAUGUUAAGUCCACAAAUUUUGCUCAGGAGUAUCCGCCGCAGAGCGAGGAACGGGCGGUGGUGGAUGAAAGGGUUGAGAGGGAGUACUUCAGCAUUCUCCGCCAGAACUGUCGCUUCGAGAUGCAGCGUCGCCAAUGGGGGUAUAUUCGGGAAACGCCGCACUGCGAUAUGCUGCACAAGUUUGAUACGGUGAAUUGAUAAGUUCAAUCAAGUUUCUAAAUUUUUAUUGUCUUGCCUUUUCAUGUAGAUGCAACACCUUUUACCUGCUUGUGAUAUUAUUAUAGAAUGUACAAUUUAUUUUUCACUCUCAUAUUAGUGAAGCAAGUUCAUAAUAAGCCAGCUGCUUUGUUGGGAUUGUUAACUCUCAAACUUCAUCAAAUAUCUCUAUGAUGGAUAUUCCUUCACAGCUGAAAAUCAUUCGUUGCUUCACUUGAGUACCUAAAUUUGGCUUUUGAGUUUUGACUCGUGUAUUUUAUGUUCAACUGCCCAGAGUGGUAAAACCAUAUGGUAAGUACCUAUUAUUGCUAUAAUGUGAUGAUAAUUCUGUUGGUAUUA